CCUCAUUGUGCUCACAUGCACCUCGUUCAUACGCUUCCUGUUUGUGAGGCAAGUCUGCGUCGAGAAGCAACAGCGAGUAGCGCAUGUGUUCAUCUGUCACUCAGGCAUGUGCGAGGCCGCUGGACGCCACUGAGCUGGAGAACCUCGUCGACUCGGAGGCUCUGGGACUCUUGAGACGGCGGCACACGAUGGAUGCCCGACACUAGAUUGCAGGAAGUAGCGCAUCUUCCACAGAAGAGAUGAAUUGCUCGGUGGCUGCGACUUCAUCGUCAUAUGGCCACAUUUGAUCACUUCUGCACAGAGCGUGAGGCAACAUGGAGCACACCUCUUGCACCGAGGACAGGAUCCAGCACGCUCUGGACCGAUGUCUGGAUGGGCUGAGACAAAGUCCCACAGCAGCACACCGCUGGGAUGUGCUGAUGUGCUCCGUGGGCCAGUCAAUGAACCGCUGGAGCCUGGAGGAGCUGGUCAAAAGGAACCCCGACAACUCCAUCAUCCUCUUGCGACAGAUCCUGAGGAAGACCAAAGAGGUUCAGGAGAGGUGUCAGUAUGAGCUGGUGGCGCCGCUUGCCGUCACGUUCGCUUCCACGCUGCUGCAGACGCCGUACUGUCCUCCAGACACGGAGCUCCUGGAGAGAGCUAUGGAGGCGUUCCGUGGCUUCCUCACGUGGCCCGAGCCCUACUGCAGCCUGUGCCGAAACCUGCUCUCCACGCUACAGCUGGAGAUCAAGGCUCCAGGGAUUUCCUUUCAGAGACUGGUGAGAGAAGAGCAGGACCUGAACACCAGCUGUCAGUCCUCCAAGACCAUGACGGUACUGCUGAUGAACCCGAGCGAGGUGCCCGCUGACUUCCUGUCGGUGGCCGAGCAGCUGAGUUGCGUUCAGCACUCGGAAAAAGACGCCUACGUCACCCUCAUCAAACACGCCUUCCAGUCCACGCUUGGCACCAAGUAUCCACUCUGCAAAAUCCAUUCCACCUUGCAAGCCAAAGAUGUUGAAGAACUGAGGGAGAUGUUCUCCAUGGUCAGUGGCGUGUUAGAGACGGCAGCAGCCAUGAGCGAUCCCCUGAAGGGACGUGGUCACGUGAUCCAAGAACUGGAGGGACUGAGGGAGAGGCUGAGCCUCCCUGCAUCCAAUGGAAGGAAGUGCGAUGGAAAGCUGCAGACGUUCCCAAUCCCCACAGCCAAGUGUCAAAUGUUUCAGUGGGAAAAAGAUAACUUUGAUGUCCUUAACACCCUUCUGGAGGACGAGCCGCAGGACUUGUCCACCAGCGAGCACCCUAAAGAGGAUGAGGACAAGGUGGACAUAGAGGACGAUGAAGGCCAUGACACCUUGUCCGUAGUGUCGGAGUCCUACGCUCCCUCGUUCAACUCCGGAGCAGACAGUGACUUUUUUGAGGACUCCGACGACUCCGUCAGCUCGCCCAAGCCCGCCAAGUCUCCGGCUCGGCUCAGCCAGCACUUGUACCGCCUCCUCCGGAAGCCCAGGUCGUUGAACCGCACCAAAAGUUUGGGAUACACGGAAUCCAAAGACUUCUCUGUGGUGCGGGAGAUCCGUUCCAACUCGCUCCCCCACCACGUGCAGCUCCGCAGUCCCGAGCCCUCCUCCUCCCAGGCUCUGCAGAAUCAAACCGUCAGACAGGUUUGCUUCAGGAGGCGGCCCAUCCUCAGCUGCGACGAGGACGACAAGAGCGCCACGCUGAGGGUGGUGGUGUUCGGCGCCGACCACGUCGCCGGCAAGGUGGCGCGGGCCUACAGCAGCCUGAGACAAAAGGAGAACGCUUGUCCUCGUCUCAGCAGGGCCUUCAAAAUGCAGUUCUACUUUGUGCCUGUUAAGAGAGACUCAGCAGCGGGGCAAGCUUGUCUCACCUCUCCCAGUCCCAAAGGAAUCAAUGAUGUUGUUAGCCCUAAUGGAGCAGAGGACAGCACGAAUGACAUCGCCCAUCUCCUCGGGAUGCUGGAUCCUUGGUACGAAAGAAACACGCUCAGCCUGCUGAAGUUGCCCGCCAGUAUCGUCUGUCAGCAAACAUCCAAGACCGAGACAGAGUCCUAUGACAGUUCAUAUGAACAACGGCUGCCCAUUCUUGCUGACCUGGUCCUCUAUUAUUGUCGUUUUGCAGCACGGCCUGCUCUGAUCCAACUCUACCAAGCUGAGUUGACGUUCGCCAGUGGAGAGAGACGGACGGAGGUGUUCGUCCAUUCCCUUGAGCUGGGUCACACCGCAGGGACCAGAGCCAUCAAGGCGAUGGGCACUGCCAGCAAACGGUUUGGUAUCGACGGUGACCGAGAAGCCGUCCCUCUCACGCUUGAGAUCAUGUAUAAUAGGGUGGUGAUUAGUGGGAGGAGCCAGUGCAAAAAAGAAUCGAAAAUGUGCACUUCAGUCAAUUUGACCAAGGCCUGCAAGAAUCCUGAAGAGCUAGACUCACAGUUGGAGUGCCUGCAGCUCAGCAUGACAGAAGUUUUAAAAAGACAGAACGGGAAAAGCAAGAAGAGCUACAACAUGCAACUGAGCUUGACCGAAGUGAAGGUGGACAAGGUGCAGGUCAGCGGUGCUGCAGACACAACCUUUGCCGUAUGUCUGGACCAGGAUGAGAAGAAGGUACUACAAAGUGUCAUCAGGUGCGACGUCUCCGUGUGCUCCAAACCAGACAGCGCCUCGGACUGGAGGCGGCGACGGGCCGAGAUGUCAGCCCAAAUUCAGCCCCAGCACCCGACCUUCUGCUCCCUCCUCUGUCUGCCUAUCGUCACCUUCAGCGGAGCGCUACCCUGACCCUGAUGACCUCUGCUUUCAGGGACUCGGAAGAAAAGACUGUACAUCAGCACAGAAUCAAUGCUUAAGACUGAGUUUUGAAUUCUCUUCUAAACCAGUUACAACUCAGCAGAGGUAAAACUGGAACGAUAAAUGCACAAAGUGAGUGCAACCAAAAUGUGUACAACGGACUAAAUGGAAACACUGUCGGGUUAAUGUAGUGUUGCCAUGACGAUAAAGCCACAUGCAUGUUUUGUAACUCCUGUAGAUUUUGGUGGUAGAAUUUCUCCCAGGGCCUUGAGAUGAAUUAAACUGUGUAUAAAUAUGAGCACCAGAGGGCGAUGUUGUCACACAUUUUGGUUUUGGUUGAGACGAUGUUCAGGAAGUGGUGAUAUUGUAUUUUUAUUUGAUUUGUUGUGUAAAUAUUAGUUUUGUUUUGUUUUUCUUUAACACACGUUUGUGGUUUUUUUUACGUUUGUAUUUGAACUCAUAUUUUGCACUUUCUAUAUGAUAGAUGACCAUAUCGACAUCGUAAUAGCCUUGUUUCUUCCCGUUCGAGGAACAUGUAGAGCUAAAUUCCUCAGACUGAAAUUAUUUUACUACAAAGAAAUUUAUGAAGCACUAUAAAAAAAAAAAUGCUCAAAGGACUAAUACGGUACUUUUAAGAUGGGGAAACGUGUCUUUUAAUAUUUGUGAAUUAUUGUCAUCGUUUUUAUCCAUUCACUUUAUGAAUUUUGUAUUAAUAUGUACAAAAUAUUAAAAUUC